UCCCCCUCUCUCGUGCGCGCGCGGGAGGGGGAUGAACAUUCGGACAGUUGCCCAGUGGACGGUUGUCCUUUCCCACUGACAAUUAAUGAACAUGUGCCACUCACUCAUGUAAGUCCUUGCCGUAAGAAUCAGCAUGCAACUCGGUCGGAUACACACACACGGAAAAAGCCGAUAGAUAGCUGGACAACCACACACAUCAAUCAUGCAGUGAAGACCCCAUCCAGUCAGUCAACACACUGACUGCACUGCACACCUUACAAGAAACAAAGGACAGCUCAGCCGGCCACAAUAGAUACCCACUCCCGCGAUAUCUCCCUCCCUCCCCCAGCCAAAGUGGUCCAUCAUCCAUAUCCCUCACACUUUUGCCUCCUUGGGGAGCUGCUUAAACUGUAGCGCCUCCCCAGUCUUGAUCUCCUUCUCCGACUCGUUCAGGAACUUGACCAUCCUGUCAUGCUCCUCCUGCAGGCUCAGCUCCCGCUGCCCUAUCGACCGCACCCGCAGGUCACGGAUCUCAAACUGCCGGUCGAUGACGACAACGCCCGCCGCCGUGGCGACGAAGAGCAUGACGAGAGAGGGCACCCCGGCGGACAGGAGGCCCGUCCGCUUGUCGAACCGCUUGGCGCGCUUCCUGCUGUACUUGUAGAGGGACCUGUAGAGGUCCUUCUGCAGAAACCGCUCCUUGCGCACCUUGAGCAGGUUCCAGAAGCUCCGCGACCAGCUCCCCACGCCGCGGACGUUGCCCCAGUCAAGCGUCAUCGAUCUCGCCUGAUGGAUGAGCGAGGUCAGUCAAAAUGCACUCAUCUGCGGCCGUACCAAGCACCAAACCGCAACACCUGCAGUGUUCUCAGCCGACACAGCCUGGAAAAGCACCACCCCAUGC